UCCAAUUAAUUAAUUACCGCUUAAGCCGGACAUUGUCAAUAAAGGUUUUGUUUACAGUGAAAAAACAUUUCGGGGAAAGCUGCUGUUGGGGUUGAAGAUUCUAUUGAGAGUUUGCAUAGCGCCGUCAGUGAAAUGUUGACUUCUAACGAGGACGCACUAAAGGCCUUCGAGUGCUUUACUUUGGUGGUAAAGUGUCUUGGAUUGUAUCCACCGGUGACAUGUAGUAGGAAACGAACAUUACUGGGCUACAAGUUGUGUAAUUUGUUGGCCAUAGCGUUCUCGGCCACUUUCUACGGAUUUCUGCUACUGUUUCAUUCUCUCGAUUUGGAAACGAUCAAGCUCGGUUCGGGAUCACUCAUAACGUCACGAAUGCACGAUGUUUACUUCGUGUCGCGCUACUUGACGGUGCUGGCCGUUCUAUUGCAUUCUUACAUCAACCAGAAUAGUGUGGAUCAAUUGUUCGGCUCUCUUAACGAAGUGUCAAGUGCAUUAGUAACUCUCAACACAAAUCAUGCUUCCGAGGGCUCGAUUGGUUACUUUGGAACGCAAAGGUUUGCACGGCAUCUGCGCUGGCUCAUGCUGGUGUAUCCACUCAUGUUUGUGUCAAUGACGGGCUUCGUAGAACGCUGGUUACCGCGUUUUGGAGUACAGGUGCAUGCGUUCAAUCUAGUCCGGUUUCUGUACUUUUACUCGUACGUUCAUCUCUGGGCUCAGGCGAUUUUGACACUGUUUUUGGUACUAUCACGAUAUAUUGCCCUAAACAAUUUGUUCAGGUAAGAUAUAGA